AUGGAAGCACACGCUCCUGCACCAACCUCACCGACAAAGCUGCUGCCGCAAACUAUUGGGCUUAUCACUAGCCCGCUUGCGGCAUUUCUUUUGCUGGUCAUUAACAAAAUUUGGGACCCUAUAUUUGAUUUAUGUGGUUUCUUGUUUGACCCAAGCCGUCAUAUGGAUGACUAUGAGCACGCCGUGCAAAGGGUGGUGGCGAUGAAGUCAGAUUUCAUUCUUAGCGACCCAUCCUCAUCUUCUCAGCAGGCAGACAAAUGGCUGAAACGUGUGGACUUAUUACAUACGGAAAAGGAAAGGAUACGUGAGUGUUAUAACAAAGGUGGAUUUUUUAAAAGGUGGUACUAUGCCAGACAAGCACUCAAAGAGACUAAAAAGGCAGAUGACAUUGGAGGUCAAUUUAAAGAGAUACUUGUUGAGUUGAAACCAAGGCCGCGCCCUGUCUCUGGAUGGUUAUCGGACGACCCGUUGCUGAUCAUGAAGCCGUAUGCAGAAAAGAUAAUUGCCUUCAUCAAAAAUACAGAUGCAGAUUCUAAACUGUUGGGAAUAUGGGGAAUGCCCGGUGUUGGAAAAUCCAUGCUCUUAAGACAGAUUUCCAUGAGCCGCUCGCAGUAUGCAGGUGAUGAUAGCUCUUUUCAGGUUCUAUACAUUGAUGCUGGUUUGGACUGCACUAUAUCUAAAAUUCAAAAAUCACUUUUGGGCCUCAUGGGAUUGGCUUCAACGCCAGAUAUCACUGAGGGAGCACAAGCAUUUACUAUCGCUAACUACUUAUGUGGAAAGAGUUUCUUGCUUCUGAUAGAUGGUGUUCGAGAGCCUUUCAGUCUUGCAAGAAUUGGCAUCCCUGAUGAAGAAGUGGCCCCUGAUUCAGCAGUGGCCCCUGAUUCAGCAGUGGCCCCUCAUGUGCGCCGCAAAGUUAUCUUCACAGCACACACGCAUUUUAUAUGUGCUUCAAUGGGCAGUGACAGUAUCAUCCAGAUGAUGUGUCCAAGCGAGAAUGAUGCUCUGAAGAUUUUCAGUCGUGCGGUGGGUACCGAGGUUUUGGAGGAUGCAAGGGUCUCCGCGCUUGCUUCUGUGAUAAUAAAAGAGUGUGGCCGGCUGCCGGAGGCAUUAUGGAGUGUUGGACUAUCAAUGUCCAUCAAAGAGGAUCCUGAAGAGUGGGAGCUAGCUCUAAAGCUGCUGAGACAGGCAAAAUUACAUCUGGUUACUCAUAAAAAAGAUGACUUGUUAGACAGGCUACGGUGCAGUUACGACGACCUGGAAGAUAACAUCAAAGAGUGUCUCCUCCUCAUUUGUUCCUUGUGGAGUGAUGAUACGAACAUAUCCAUUGAUAGCAUCAUCUUAUGGUGGAGAGGCAUGGGUUUGCUGGAUGACUUCAAUGCUCAUAGAGAAGGUUUUGCCUACAUAAAGAUGUUGCAGCAACAUUGCUUGUUGGAAAAAGGGCAGAACACUCUAACUACAAGUGAAGAUACUCAUGUGAGAAUGAAUCCGAUGAUUCGUAAGGCAAUCAUAAAGACUUUGAAUGGGAGGGAAGCAAACUGGUAUCCAGAUUCGUCUUGGAGAACAUCAUUAACCGAGAAAACGUGGCCUGCAGCUCAGCGCGUUUGGGCCUCACCAAAAGACCUCGAGAUGUUAAAGAAAAAAUCUUACCUGGAUCCGAGGAACGAGAAGCUGCUUCAGUCUAACUUGCAGGUGUUGGUUAGUCGAUUUGCUAUAAAAUUCGAUCAUUGCAGAUUUGAUGAACUUGUAUUUCUCGACCUUGAGGGGGCUAACAUUCCCAAUUUACCUCAACGGGUAUUCUCGAUGAAAAAUCUGGAAUACCUCAAUGUGGCAUCUACUGGAAUAAGAUCAGUGCCUGUGAAUUUGAGAGAUCUUUCAAGACUAAAGUAUUUGACUCUACGAAGGAAUCCUAGUCUUGAAAAUAUACCGACAGGGGUGAUUGUCAGAAUGAAAGAACUGAAAUUGUUAGACCUGUUUGACACGGGGUGCUUUCUUAGCACAGCACUAAUAAAUGAGGUGAAAGAGGCAGAAAUUGACAACUUUCUCGCUGGAUUUACAGUGGGAAAUGAAAAUGUACUGAGUGAACUGAGAGAACUCCCCCAGGUCUGCCCACUAUACAUGUGUUUGUCUGGAUUUCAAGUGAAAAAGGUCGACCUCCUUCAUAUGCUUGCGGACUUUGAUAGACUGUAUGAACUGCAGAUCAAGAGCUCUAACAAGGUGCGAAGCAUAGUCUACACCGAUCUUGUGGUUCAAAACACGCCAAAGAUUUUCGCAUGCCUUCGGAAAUUUGAAAUAAACAACCUGCAAAACCUUGAAACAGUUGACUUGCAACCCGAAGGGCUUAGCAUCAAGUCGGUGACAGUUUGUGGCUGUAGCAAAUUAACAGACCUAACGUGGAUUAUAAGCCUGGUAAAUUUAGAAGAGCUUAUUGUCAAGGAUUGCUGUAGCAUAAGGACAUUAGUUUCUUCUAGAGAGACACAAGAAGUGGGUCUUCCAAAAUUGAAAAAGGUUGAGUUGCAUGAUCUGCCUGAAUUCCGUACCUUGUCAGAGGCAUCGCUAAGCCUUGAAAGCAUAACACACUAUUGUGUUUUUCAAUGCUGCAAACUAUCCGGUUUGCCUAAGCUGGACCCUGAGGAGAGAGUGUUAUUAGACUGCGAUGAAGACUUUUGGAAUAUAAUAUUGCAAGCUGGUAUGGCGACGCAGUACCCCCAAAGAGCACGGCAUUAG